AUGACUUUCAGCCACAAAUACGGGGAAAGUCUGAACACCCGAGGUGGUAAGGAAGUGGCUCUGACUUCCCCAGGAAAUGAGAGAGGAAACCCAAGUUCUGACCCCUCUGGGUGCACCGGAGCCACAAGACGACUCACCGGCAGAGGGAGGGAGGGAGGGCAGGGUGGAGUUUGGACAAAGCAGAGAUACUGCUUCUCAUUGUGCCUCAUUCAGAAACUGGAAGGGGUUGAGGCAACAAGUGAAUUUAGAACCCAGGAAAACAGAAACGUUUGGUCUCAGAUUUUUGGUACAAGCCUUUUCUGGAAGAUGACCUUGAUCCGAGCUCUGGCUGCUCUGCUCUGCUGCUGCUGGUCCUCGGCACUCAUGUUGGAUCCUGGUGGGAAGAACGUCUGUGAAGAUGUCAGGGACCCGUCCAAACACGUGUGUUGCACUGGAUGGCGUCAACAGGGAAAAGAGUGCACUAUACCUGUCUGCGAGGGGGAGCAGGCCUGUCUGAAGAAUGAGAUCUGUUUAUUUCCUGGAGUUUGUCGUUGUCCAGCUGGCUUCUAUGGAGCUCAGUGCAAAACACGCUGUCCUGGUGAGUUUUGGUCUUCAGACUGUCGUCAGGUGUGUCAGUGCUUCCCAAACGGCCGCUGUCAUCCCAACACUGGCGUGUGCAUUUGCAAUCCAACCCGUUGGGGACCGCUCUGCCAAAAUGUCUGCAAGUGCACUCGCAACGGCUACUGCCACCCCGUGGAUGGGAACUGCACCUGUGAUGCAGGCUGGUGGACUUCAACGUGCUUCAAACCAUGCCAGUGUACCGCUGAUGGAUCUGAAGGCCUCAGCUGUGAUCAGCUCACAGGCCAGUGUCACUGCCGCAGUGGAUUCUGGGGGAUGAAAUGUCCCUUCAGGUGCAACUGCAACCAGUCUCCAUGUGAUCAGUGGACUGGUGAGUGUAAGUGUGAAGCAGGGUCGUGGGGACCCAGCUGUGACAGGAAGUGUAACUGUGACCUCACACACAGCCGCUGUGACCCUUCCACCGGUCAGUGCCUGUGCCACCCCGGGUACCAGGGCCUGUCAUGCAAUCAGCCCUGUGGACCUGGGAGGUAUGGCAGUGGGUGUAAAAUGAGCUGUGGGUACUGUCAGGACAAAAAGCCAUGCUCUGCCAUGGACGGCACAUGCAUCGCCUGCGAGCCUGGCUGGAAUGGUACGCGGUGUGACCACCCCUGCCCUCCUGGUUUUCAUGGUUAUGGCUGCCAAGAAAGGUGUCCACGAUGCAGAAAUAAUGAACCCUGUGAUAAAAGAACUGGGAAUUGUGGGAAGUGUGACCCUGGAUGGACUGGAGCCAGGUGUGACAGGAUCUGCCCAGACAAGACGUAUGGAGACUCCUGCAGUUUCCUGUGUGGCCUUUGUGUCCACGGUACCUGCCAUCAUGUGACAGGAAGAUGUGUCUGUCAACCAGGCUUUCAGGGGGAGAGUUGUAACAGUAGCUGCAGUCCCUUGAAGUUUGGACUCAACUGUUCCUCUGUUUGUGAAUGUGAGGAGGGAGUCCACUGCCAUCCCAUCACUGGAGCCUGCCCCAACAGUAGUCGAAGUGCUGUCCUCGCAGGCGUCUUGGUUCCUUUGCUGCUGCUGCUUCUUGCUGUUCUCUGCUGCUGUUUGUGUUGUGGAGGAGGUCCUGCUGUGGGCAAAGACAGUGAGGCUGUGGCCGAUGGAGGAUGGGUGGUUCGCAUGAAAUAUCACGUCUACAGUGUCCUGGCAAACAUUGGUGCUGCCCUACCGUGUGCCUCCAACUGGUCCUCUGGACUGCCGCGGGUCACUGUGUCUCAUCAUGACCCGGAGCUGACUUUUAACCAUAGCUUCAUUGAACCUCCUUCAUCAAACUGGAUGACCGAGGGGUCGUCCUUUGAAAGUGAUGAAGAGGAGGGAGAAGCUCUCUACUGUGUCCCACCAAGAGAAGACAUCCCAGCUGUGGCGGGCGGUGAGUUCCAGGAGAUGAGCUCCAAGUGUAACAUGUUCUUGGACCCAUCAGGGUUCAGCACAGAGGACAUCUCCUCCUCCUUCAACAUCCCCCGCACCUCCAGCAUCGCCAAGUCCAAACGCCCAUCCGUCUCCUUCGCGGAAGGCACCCGCUUCAGCCCUAAAGAGAGGCGGGGUUCUGGUCAGGACCCUGGCGCUCUUCCUCGUAGCAAAGCAAAGUCACCCUGGGGGGCUCUGAUGCUUUCUACCCUCCAGGGGAGCUCAGCUCAAACUGGAGAGGAGGAUGAGGAGAGGGAAGGUGGUGUGGACGUGCAACUUUCCAACAAUCAGGAGUCCAGCCGUGAGGCAGUGGACCAGGAAGUAGACAGAACCCCAUCUCAAGCCUGUCUGCAGGUUCCUGGGCCAUCAGGGCGAAGAAGAACUAUGUCCAACACUGCUGCCCAAAAAGAGAGUCAGCUGACAACCUCUGCCGUGGAGGAUGCUUCCUCCCAGAAGGUCACCACAGUGUAUGUGACUCUGGGUAAGGCUGGCAAGAUCCUAUCAAAGACAGAAUCUGGCUCUGAGGGCCGUGUUCAGGCCAUGCUCCGAAGACUCGGCAGCAUUCAGAGACACAGAGAGCAGGAGUCUGGCAAGCCCAAGUCAAAGGUGGUUGAAGGCAUCACUAAACCACCCAGAAGGAAGCUAGGAGCUCGGGUAACUCUGUGGGAGCAGAGAGGGCCGCCUGCAGGGGGGGUUGGCAUAGUUCAGGAAGCCAGGGGGAUGCAGUCGUCUUCUGACUCUGCUGACACUCCAGGAACUGAUCACUCUCCACCAGCAGGGGGAGAAACUCCACCAUCUGUUUUGAAGGUGGUGGCAGAGGUGGCACAAGCUGACUCCAGGUCAGAUCCUAGAACUGAGGAGGACUUAGAGUGGGGAGGAGAAGCAAGCGGGACACAAACUGAGAGCAGCUACCAAACCGUGGGACCAGCAGGUAACCCCACUGAGAUCACCAACAUGAAAGGCGCAGUUUUCCAUGUGGACUAUGAACCCUGCUAUGAAAACAUCUUCAUGAAGCAGUCAUAACAUCUGGGAGAAAAAUAUCAGCAGAUCCAACUGAGAAACUAUUCUUCCUGUUCUGACAUUGAAAUUAUGCAGGAAGGAGAAAACUACUGGUAAACUAAAAAUAUCAAUUUUUUAUGAAAGUUAAUAAUGUGAAUAAUGUUGCAUUUAUUUUACAAUACAUACUAAAAUACUAAAGAAAUUCUGGCUUAAAGAUAAAAAUAAGAAAGAGAACCUAACAGUAUGAGGCACUGUAAAAUGUAUUUCAGUGACACAUGGCACAAGCUUUUAUUUUGGAGACAAUCAUCCUCUGACUUUAGUGGAGAAGACACAUGCACCAUGUGACGGUCCUGGGUUUGGUAGGUCUUUGUCCUGGUAAAAUAAUUUUUUGAUGUACUUUCUCAAUGUAUGUGUACCUUUUUUUUCUAUCCAUUACUAGAACAUGUACCUCCUGACACCAGACAACACUACUGUUAAAAAACAAAACUACAAUUCUGGUCUUUGUUUAGUCAUCAAUUGUUUUUUUAUUCACUAUGUUAAUAUAUAUAACAAAAAAUGGCUACACAAGAAGUUUGAGAGAAUCAGCAUUCAGAACUCAAAACAGAUAAGGUUUUUAGUGCCAGAAGUGUCCCCCCCCCCCCCCCCCCCCCACUGCUGCUGUGUUUAAUGAAGUUGCCCAACUGAGGUUAAAAAGCAGGAGAUAACUGCUCAGAAAACCAGCUGCCUGAACUUUGAUUUCUGUUGUUUGCAGACGCUGAUGAGGAGCUGCUUUUGUGUUAGUAGAAACAUGUUUGGCCUUCUUUGUAGAGCACUACAUUGUUGAAAAAAAUGACAGACAAAUAAAAAAA